GUUACAUACAAGGAGAAGAAUAAGGCAUUGCUGCAAACAAGUAAUGCAGAACAUUGCUCUUCUCUUUUUUCCCUAAAUGUACCAUUCUUGUUUUACUAUUGUUCAGUAACAGUUGUAACAGUAAAUCUCAAACACUAUUUAAUAAUUACUAUAUACUAUGUACACACCGUAUUCCCUUGAAGAAUUAACUGAUCCUUAUCGCAAUAGAAGAGCUUCUUCUACAAAAGAAGAAAGCUCACCUACAACACCAAAAUCAGCAACACAACUUUUACCGCCGUCACCGUUUCAGCAAGAGCCAGGUAGAGCCUAUUCAUAUUUACCUUAUUCUAACCAUGCGCUGGAUCUUGGAAAAGCAACUUCCAAAAAACCAACCGACCUGUACGUAGAGGAUGACAUAGACAAUAUGACUAUCACCUCCUUUCAUCAAGUUGUGAAUAUGCUCAACGGAGAAGAACAACAGCGUGCACUCACCUUAAUUACCGACAACAAUAAUAAAUUACUACUUCUACAGCAACAGCAAGAGAUAAAGAAAAGAGGAAGAAAACCCAGAAGCAUAUUCUUGGACAGACGAUGCUGGGUCAUCACAACAUUUUGCUGCCUCGGUAUCAUUCUUUCCAUGGCUACAUAUUUCUGUUGGCCUCGGCUACCUCUGUUUGUCAUCACGAGCGAGAAAUUGGAGCGCAUUGGCGAACCAGCUGACUGGGGUCCCAAGCACCAACCUUGGCUUAAAGCCACAUGGGAACUCAAUAUGACGUUGAAUAACUCUGGAAAUUAUGUGCAAACGCGAGUGCAGAAUAUAGAAUUCAUAUUAAAGGAUAAAAAUACACAUCAACCAUUCGCCUGGUCUAAAUCGGGAGUUUUACAAUUGCCUGCGCAUGAAAAGACAAAAGUGUCGUUACUCUUCAAUGUUGACUAUGAGCCAAAUAGCGUGGAUGAUCCAACUUUCAAGAAUCUAUAUAAUGCAUGUGGGCCACAAAUGCCAAGCGAGCCGCCAGCACUUAAUGUUACAUUAGAAGUUAUCAUGCACAUUUAUGGAAUCAGCUGGGCGACAGUAAUCAACAUCAAUUCAACAGAAGUUGGAGGGUUAUAUUGUCCAUUUAAUUAAAUACUAUAUUAUAUUAUUUAGCAAAGAUGGAUAGCCUUUUUCUCUCUCGUUUAGUAUUAUUACUGGUCAAACAGACUGUAUUCGAUCUAUUGGCAA